CAAAAAGGCACUUGACACUCAAAUGAACAAGCCUCUUUUUGCAAAGUCCAGCAGAAGUAGCUGGUGAAAGUCACUUAACACAUGGUCAAGUAAAACAUCUGAGGAUGAAAAAUUCAAAGAAAGCACCUCAUCUUGCAAGGUCAAAGAAAACAUUUAAAAAUGAAAAAUCCAGAAAACAUACCUUCUAUUGCAAGUCUAAAUCAGAUAGAUCAAGAAAGAACCGAUUUAAAUCUGAGACAAGUAUAAGUCGUCAGUCUUCCUGCUCUCAGCCAGAUAAAGAAUCAUGUAUUAUUAACCAGGAAAAACUACAAAUGUUGGAGAAAAUGUUUGAAAAAACUGCAGAUGCCGCUGGAGCUUUGGACAUGAAAGGUUUUCAAAAGGUGAUGAAGGAGACGUUUUCAUCUGUGACUGAUGAAACCCUGGAUUCCCUGUUCUGGAAAGUGGAUGUAGAUUGUGAUGGUCGGGUGAGCUGGCACAAGUAUCUAGAUUACCUUAUGCGGGAUUUCAAAGGGAAGGAAGAGAAGGCCGAAGACCAGUAUCGACUGCGACUCCAACCUCCUAUGAAGAUUAUUCCAUUGAAUCAUGGACAUGAGAUUGUGAAGUUGCAAUUCUUAGCCAGUCAGUUUCAGGGAUCAUCUGGGCGCUUCCUUACUGUUACCAAAGAUGGGAUCCUUCAGUUCUGGGAUGAAUCCUUCAUGCUGCUUCAGACAGUUCAUCUGGACCAGUCACAUCGCCGCCAUAACCUGCAGAUGUGGGUCAACGACAUGGUAUGUCUGACUAAUAUCAACUUGAUAGCCAUUGCAUCUACGGAUCAGGAUUUAGAAUUCUUUGAUAUUUCUGGAAACAAAUGCCAAAAGACUUUUAUUUUUAUUGACCUGGACAGCUGUGCUGUAGUUAUGGAUUACUGGACAGACCAGCAUAAAGCCGUGUUUUGUGUUGGUGAUACAAAGGGCAACGUCCUCAUCUUUGUCUCUGAUGAUGUUGCAGAGUCUGGAUUGUUUCACCCAUAUAUCUUCCAGACCAAAGGAAGGAUUGAUCUCCAGAGACCAGAAUCAGGCUCUUCUUAUAUCAAAAUUUCUAUGCAGAAUCUUUUAACUAAAAAGUCUAAAAUUCAUAGAAGUUAUCGAUUGAAGGCAAUUCACGCCAACUGGUGUCAACAGAUCAAGUUCAUCCCCGAGCUGAAUGUGGUGGCCUCUUGCUCAGACAUUGAUAGUACAGCUAUGGUCUUAAUAAUUGUGCCAACUAGAGCUGAUCAUCCGAAAACUUCCACAAUGACUCUGAGGAAGGGAAUUCUUUGUUUCGAUUACUGUCCAGACAGGAACUUCCUUGUGACUGGUGGUUAUGAUCCAAUCAUUCUCCUGUGGAAUCCUCUCUUCAUAAAGAAGCCCAUAUGGCAGAUGAAGGGACACCAGACCUCAGUGACUCAUGUUAUUGUGAAUGGAAAAAGCAACUGCAUCAUUAGUAUCUCCAGAGACAAAAAUAUCCGUCUGUGGUAUAUACACAACCUUCUGUGUUUCCAGUCCUUUUCAGGGAAAUUUUUUGCCCUGGGAAAUCAUCCUAUAACCUGUGCUUAUUUCCACAAGGCUAAUGACACCUUUGUUUGUGGUACCUAUUCGAUUGGGAUUCUUACUGGCUAUCUGGAAGCCCAGGAAGGGACCUGGAAAAUACAGGAAGUUUCUACAACCCACCAUACAGUUGUGUGUGGAGUCCUUUAUAGCAAGACUGUCAAGCAGGUGGUGAGCGGUAGCCUGAAUGGCUUGAUAAGAGUGUGGGAGUUGGUGACAGGGAAGAAGGUGAAAGAGUUUCCAGUAUCAGAGUCCAAGGAUGUGGAGCUCACAGCGAUGGCCCUGGAUGAGCUGGAGCGGUGCCUCCUCACCGGCAUGAGAAAUGGGACAGUCAAGAUGUGGAAUUAUAACCUCGGGGUCUGCCUGUUGAACUUUCCCAAUCCAGACCAAAUGGAGAUCAAUGGAAUCAUUCAUGUGAAUGGGAUAUUCUAUGUGGCAGGGUGGAAUAAGAGGAUCACUUGGUACCUGUAUCAAAACAAAGAAGUAAUCCCCCUGUUUGACCACUGGCCUUACUUUCACACUGAUGAUAUCCUGUGUCUGGCCAAAUACCAUAGCAACAUCCUGGGAUCAGCUUCCUAUAAUGGUGACAUCUUCAUCUGGAAUGUUAGCUGGGGGAAGCCCUUUGUUCAUUUCAAUGCUUCAAAGGGUCCCCUGGCCUUGAAGCCCAUCAAGGUCUUCAAAGAGGAGGAUCGUGUGACACUUGCUGAUUUGGUGAACAAGAAUACUGGGGGCAAGAAGUCCUGGGCAAAAAAGUCCCUCUGGAGGCCCAUAAGUGGGGCUUCUUCCCAGACUCAGAAACAUGAGAUCCGCAGAAACCUGGCCUCUGCCCCACCUGCGUUGAGAUACACAGAAGGAAAGAGUGCAAAGGAGUUAUCAAUCCAAUCCAAAUUGCAGAAACCUUGCAGCGGUGUCAACUCUAAGCCAGUGAAUGGAAUGAGACCUCAAAGCAAAACUUGGAGCAAAAAUAAGCAGAAAGAAAAUGACGAUUAUACUAGGCAGAAAGAAAAGAAAGACACAAUGGCGUCUGUGGAGAAGAUCAUUUUCCUGCCCACCCGGCUUCGGACCCCCCGCACAGCCACCCUUUUGAGUAGUGCCGGCAAUGGCUAUAUUUAUGCCUGGUCAAUUCAUGACCGAGGGGGCAUGCUGGGAAAAUUCCAGCCAGCAGAAAAUCAAUACCAGGAUUCAAUUGUUGGUGCCAUGGCCAGUGAUGAAAAGGACUGGAUACUAAUAACUGGAGACUCCAAAGGGUACCUCAAGAUCUGGGACAUCAAGGAUUACUGUAGACUGCCCACUGAACAGAAGAUAUCCCUUGCCUGGGAAGAAAAACUUGCUCAGGAAAAUAUUUAUCGGAAUUUAAUUCCUACACAUAACCGAGUGGAAACACAACAAGAACUCCCGGAGACUGAAGAGGUCUUUGGUGGCCAUGUCGUUUCCCUAAUCCCUCCAGAGCUCCUGAUUUCCUGGCAGGCUCAUGAUAAGGGGGUGACUAAUAUUGCCUUUGGGGAGCAUUUCCAUGUGAUCAUCAGUGCUGGUGCAGACUUUAAUGUCAAGGCCUGGAAGAUCUCUGGCGAGGCUAUUGGAACCUUUGGCUUGAGCAUUUGGAGACGGCUUGUGCCUACGGGAACGAUUGACUACUCCCCCAAAUCAUCAUUUGUCAUAGAACCAACAGAAAUGCCUGAGAUAAAGGAGGUCUCUGACAAACAUGAUGACUACACUAAAAUCCUGACACAGCAGCGGAAAGAUCAGAGAAAGAUAAUGUCCCUUCUGCACAGCAAGUCUCCAGAGGCCAUGGACAAACUAAGGAAGCUGGCUGAGCAGAGUAUGCUGGGAUCUGUCGAAGCUGGUGAAGGGGUGGAAGACUCUUGGAUAGAAUGGGAGACUUCUGGGAUUCUGAGAAGCGACAUCGUUGGAAAGGCCUAUAAACCAAAGGACCGGCGACGUAUACCAAAGGUUGAGAUGACGCCAGUGAAGUUUUUGAAGGAAAAAGAGAUUUCUCCUUGGGUUUAUAAAAACCUCCCUUGCAAAGACCUGCAAGAUUUGAGCCGAUCCAACAUGGCCAUCAUGAAAACAACUCAAACUCCAAGGAAAAAAAAUGUAUGGUUAAUCACCCAGCACAUGAUCAAGAACCUUUCUGUGGCCAGACAGUUCAUGGAUACUCCCACCCGGUCACAGAGCUUCUCUUUCUCCAGUCCACUUUUAUCCAAGAAUUCCUCAUUCACCUCAUUAUCAUCUUUGAAGCUGUCUGCGGUCUCCUCUGUUUCUUCGUUAAAGCAGUCAUCGAUUUCUUCAGCAACAGCAGCCUCAAAGAAACAAUUACGUUGUUCCUUAGUGUCUCCCAAGAAGAAGGCACCUUCAAGUUCUACUAUAUCCAUUGCUACCAAGUCAUCCAUGACAAUCAGUACAGUAUCUUCAGUAAAGUCUUCAACGCUAGCCUUAAAGCCUUUGAAGUCAAUCCUUAAAGGGUGACCUGGGCAGACUACCAGCCCAAGCUCCUUCUCUCAGCGAGGUGAAUUAUAGGAAAUGGAUGGACUCUUUACUUUAUCAGGCCAAUUAAAGUGUGGACUUGAUUGCCCCACUCAACCCCCCCCAUAUCCCUUUCCAGAAUUAUUUCCCUCUCUCACUGAGAUCUCUAUGCCACUUCUUCAGGAGAGAGAAAUAAAUUUUGUUCUGGGGUUCCUUCAUGCUCUCAGAUUAAGUUGUAUUACCCUGGGAGGUGUGGGGACAGGGGAGGAGUCUUUUUCUCAGAGGGAAGCUUCACUGUCUCUAAGCCCAUUUAUCCUAUUCAUUAAUAGGACCAUUGAGAGUAUGUCUGAUAUGACUAUGUACAUAUGGCCUUUAUAAGGGCAAAGAAUGUAGCUCUGUGAUAGAGACUUUAAAAAGUUUACCAGAUUCUUUUUGAGUCCUCUGAUGUUCAAGAAUAUUUUGACACUGAUCUCCUGGCUCUUCUUCAAACAAUAUAUUCUCUCUUUUGGUUCUGGGUAUUUUCUCUGGUUAGCUCCCAUUUCUGGAAUGUCUAUUCCCUGGUUUCCUUUAAGUCCCAACUAAGGUUCCACAUUUUACUGGAAGCCUUCCCUAGCUUCUUUUAAUAUGAGUGCUUUCCUUCAGUUAAUUAUCUUUUAUCUUGAACAUAGUUUGCUUAUAUAUAUUUGUUUGCAUGUUGUCUCCUCCAUUAAAUUGUGAGCCCCUUGAGGGCAGAGACUGUUUUUUGCCUCUUUUUCUAUUCCCAACAUUUAGAACAGUGUUUUGUUUGUAGUAGGAAUUUAAUAAAAUUUAUUGAUUGAA